AUGUCUACAGUUAUGUUUCUACAACUCUUACUGUUGGUGCAGCUCUCACGGAUAAUCCUAACAUCAUCAGAACCUCUAUUGCCGCAGUCGAAUCCUGGAUGCGAUUCCAAAUGUGGUAACUUAACAAUUCCAUACCCAUUUGGUAUAGGUCCGAGCGAGAAUGGGUGUUCCUUUAAUGGAGAUGGAUUACGUCUCUACAACAUUACAUGCGAUGCAUCUUUCAACCCUCCAAAACCAUUCUUAUGGCUUGGUACGAACACAACCUCAGGUAAACGUAAUAUGCUUGAACUCAUAAGUAUAUCAAAUACCGAAGUACGUGUAAAACAAGCACCAGCUACUAUGUGUUAUCAAUACAAAUCUGGUAAUCCUACCUUAGAUGAAAACGUCACUUACUUGGCUAUGAGAAAUACCCCAUUUACAAUUUCAUCAACCAAGAACAAAUUAUUCGGGAUUGGUUGUUAUUCCAUGGGGGGGAUUUACUAUCCAAAUCUUGACUUAACUACAACUUGCGUCACGAAAUGUAAAACUAAGGAGAAUGUUGUAGAUGGGUCUUGCUCUGGAAGUGGGUGCUGUCAAGUAUCAUUAUCUAAAGGUCAGAAGUUCGUCAUAACCAGGGCUGAUUCCAUGGACCCAAAAAAGGAGAGUCUAUCCUUUAAUCCUUGCAGUUAUUCAUUCAUAGGUGAGUUUGAUAAGUACACAUUUAGUGCUUCAGAUUUAACAGGUACAAAUUUUCGUACCAAAGGGAGAAAUAUACCAAUUGUGCUUGAUUGGGCUAUUGGUAACAAAACAUGCGAAGAAGCUCAAAAGAAUAUGUCUACAUUUGCAUGCCAAAAGAAUAGUAAUUGCAGCAAAUCAGAUAAGGUUGCUGGAUAUCUUUGCACUUGCAACAUAGGUUUUGCGGGGAGUCCAUACCUAAGCACUGGAUGCGAAGAUGUGAAUGAAUGCGAGAAUCAAGACACCAAUCCUUGCGAAGGAAUUUGCACAAACACAAUAGGAAGUUACAGUUGUACUUGUCCAAAGGGCCAUUUUGGAGAUGGAAGGAAAGAUGGAAUUGGUUGCAUCCUCAAAAUCAAGGAAUUUCCUAUAUUAAAAGUCACUCUUGGUACUGGAUUAGGGUUCUUAUUUCUUAUUGUUGCUGGUUCUUUACUAUAUUUAUGCAUGACAGGAAGAAAACUAAACGAACUCAAAAAGAAGUUUUUUGAACAAAAUGGUGGGUUGUUGUUAAAACAACAACUAUCAUCAUAUGAAGGUGGUGCCGAGGCUAUAAAAAUAUUUACAGCAGAAGAAUUAAAAGCGGCAACCAAAAACUAUAGUGAUGAACUCAUCCUUGGUCGAGGAGGUUUUGGAACAGUUUACUUAGGAACUUUAUCCGACAAAAGCGUAGUUGCCGUCAAAAAGUCAAAGGUAAUUGAUCAGAGUCAAAUUGAACAAUUCAUCAAUGAGCUUGUUAUUUUAGCGCAAGUUAAUCAUCGAAAUGUGGUAAAGGUCUUGGGAUGUUGUUUGGAAACCGAAGUUCCUUUGCUUGUUUACGAAUACAUCUCGAAUGGCACCCUCUUCCACCACAUUCAUAAUAAAGCGGAUGGAAAAUCAUCGUCUUCUCUUUCUUGGAAUAGCCGUUUGAGGAUUGCAACUGAAAGCGCAGGAGUGAUUGCAUAUUUGCACUCAGCAGCUUCUAUACCCAUUAUUCAUAGGGAUAUUAAGUCCGCCAACAUACUUAUAGAUGAAAGUUACACUGCAAAAGUUUCAGAUUUUGGGGCUUCAAGAUUGAAUACAUUGGGCCAAACCCAAAUAGAUACACUAGUUCAGGGGACGUUAGGGUACUUAGAUCCAGAAUACUUCCAUACUAGUCAAUUGACGGAUAAAAGCGAUGUUUAUAGCUUUGGCGUAGUUCUUGUCGAACUCUUGACAGGAGAAAAACCUCUUUCUCCUAAUCGAUGCGUUGAGCAAAGAAGUCUAGCUUCAUUUUUUCUUUAUGCAAUGGAAAGGAAUGAUGUUUUUAAGCUUAUUGAGCCUCAAGUAGAGAACGAAGGGAGCCGCGAGCAUAUCAUUGCAGUUGCGGAGCUCGCAAGGAGAUGCCUCAACAUGGAGGGUGGAAGAAGACCCACAAUGAAACAAGUUGUUGCAGAGCUGGAAAGCUUGAGAAAAUCAAAAACACGGCAGUCUGGAGUUUAUGAUCAACAAAGCAAUGAACAGAAGUCUAAAAUAUUUAAUGAUGAGCCAACAGAUCUGUAUUCUGUACCAAUAAGCUCUUUCACCUCUGGUGAUUCUGGUCAGCACACUAGUAUGGAGAAAGAUGUGUUCAUGCCAAUGAACAUGCCCUGAUAAUACCGUAUGAGUUUUAUUGCAUUCCAAGUUACAAUAGGUGGCUUACCUACUUGCGUUGAAAUGUGUGUUUCUGUGUUUGUUUUUUCCUCUGUCUGUUUUUAAAAUUUCAAUAAUUUUUUCCUCUGUCUGU